AGUUGGUUGAGAAUUUUUUCCUAGGCAAUAUGGAGAAACCUGAAACACUUGCUGCUCGAGAUUUACUAAAAUUUGACUACGUCUUUAAGUGGAAUCGAAGGAUUCUAAAAAUUCUUGGCAUUUGGCCACUCGACACGGAAGAAAUAUCGGUAUUUGAACGUUUCUUAACUGUUCUCUUGACGUUGAACUUGGGGGUUGUUAUAAUCGCGCAAUGGACCGAUUUGGUAUCAAUUUGGGGCCAGUUCGAUCCGAUGCUCGACAACCUGAGCGCUAAUAUAGGCGGCUCGAUGGCACUGAUCAAGCUCUUUAUCAUUCUGUGGAAUUUCGAUACACUUCGUAACGUUAUUGCCAAAGUUCGCACUGAUUGGUCUGCCCUUUACACUAUUCAGGAAUUUAAGCUGAUGAUGGAUCGUGCCAGGAUUGGCCGAUUGUUCUCCAUCGUCGGUCCUGCAUCCGCAAUCCCGGCAGGUAUGUUCUUCGCAUUGACGCCUCAGGCGAUUUAUACGCAGUCGAAAAAUGGAACGGAAAUAAUGUCUUUACUGCCUUUGAGGUCGAAAUAUCUUUACGACGUGACAUCGACACCCGUUUACCAAUUUAGUUAUCUUUCUCAAACGGUACACUGCUACACAGCCUCCGCAGCUUAUUCCGCGAUCGACUGUUUUUUCGCAGCCCUGGCACUUCACGUUUGUAGCCAACUCGAAAUACUCGGUUGCACGAUUCGGGGAGUUGGUAAAAGGGAGCCAAUGAUUCGAAACAUCGUUGAACGUCACCUGCGGCUGGUGAAAUACGUCGAAGAUUUGGAAAGAAUUUAUUCCGCUAUUAUUUGCGUCCAGCUUAUCGUCAGUUCUCUGCUUUUAUGCAGUAUAGGAUACAAAUUCAUUACGUCAUUGGACGGGGGCUACGCCGCAGAUGUUGGAAAGUUUACAUUCUACUUCAUCGCAAUACUUAUGCAAAUAUUUCUAUACUGCUACUCUGGGCAGUGUUUAAUCGACGAGAGCACUCGAUUGACCGAAGCUGCCUACGAAUGUCCAUGGUACGAUAUGAAAGGAUCCGAUGCCCGAGCUUUUAUGUUGAUGCAGGCUAGGGCUCAGGCACCUUUUAAAAUCACCGCUUUGAAAUUCUGCUACAUGUCACAUUCGUGCUUUACCAAUGUAAGAGUCACUGGAUAUUUUUACGAUGACACUUAUCCAUUCAACUUUGGCACGUACACUAAAAGUACGACAAAAGACGUGUAUGCGAUGCAGUAUUACAAAAUUCCUUCUUCACAUUGGUAUUGUAAUUUUCAGAUACUUCGUACUACCGGAACUUAUUUUUCCGUUCUCCAAGCGAUAAAAUGAAUGACACCCACAUUUAAAGAUCAGUUUUAGGAGGUAUGUUGUACACUAAAAUAUUCAUUUUCUUGAAAAUAAAUGUACAUUGUAUUACUUCUCUUACAAAAGCAGUCUAGUCGAGUUAUAAAACUGUGAUCACCAACUCCAUAAGCUACCAAAAAUUAAGAGUUGAUUCGUCAUUAUGAAAAAUGAUUCUUAGAGAUGUAUAAGAGAAUAGUUUAACGUGGAAUGUUUUGACUAGUAAAUACUGAACAGUAUAGACCAGUGAAAAUUUUUUCGAACAUGUGGAAAACGAAGUGAAAAGUUUUGCUCAUCAAGCGAUAAAAACCGUAUCUUGAAGAUAAAAUGACUGGUGUUUAUUUCCGUCGGGUGACGUGAAGCACUAUUCCGCCUUUU